CGUCGGGGCGGCUCGUCCUGCCCUGUCGGGAGCCCCACACCCUCUGUGACCUGCAGAGAGGACUCGGGCGCGAGUGCUCAGGUUGCGGGGAGCCCGAGGCACAGGUGCGCGGGGACGCACGCGGAGCGUUUGUGGCUCCUUCCUGGCUCUUCUCGUUCUCACCCGCGGGCGGUAACGUCCAGGGUCAGUUUGAGACAUCCAGGCAGGGAGGAACCGGUCCUCCUGUUGCCGUUGAACCGGAGUUCAGGUCUCAAGUUGGAGCCAAAGCAGGCAGAGCAGACAACCUUGGCCUGGGUACCAGAGUCUGUAAGAGAGCUCUUCAUGAGAAAAUGAAGGCUGGGAUGAUGCAUCAGCACUUAGAGAAGAAGGGACCUGCUGAGAAGGGAAUGAACGAGCAGAAGACUCAGCCCGGGGAAGCAGGAUUGUCCUCUGUGUCCCACAGUGGGAAAUAUCAUUCUUUGAUCCAGGAUCAGGCUCGAGAGUUGACCCAUCUACGGCAGAAGAUGAGGAUUGGGAAAGCAGUCUCUUCCCUUCUCAUCCAGCAUGUCAAAAACACAGUAAAAACCUUUGAGGAACUACUCAGCAGCAAUAGCAUUGACCACUACAUGGAGCAGCACUUCCGUGAGCAGCUGGCCAAAGGCAGCCAGCUGGCAGAGAGCCUUGCCAGCAAAUUCAGCACUGAUGACUAUACAAGUAAGAAGGAUCAAGCAGGACGGGCGCCCCUGACCCUCAGUAUCUUAAGGGAGAUACAUAAGAAGAGCAAAGUGAGGGAAUUCCUAGAGACCAAGCAGGAUGCCGGGUCCCAGAUUGGCUCCAGCAGCCAUGCCCAGUCUGCCGCCCACUGGGCCCGCAGCAGCACUUGCCCAUGGCUCGGUGAGCAGGAAGCGCAUCCUGCGGUGGAUGCCGUCAAUGUCAGCCACGCUGUUCCUGCUGACUCAGCUGCAUCGCCCAGCAGUCACCCAGGAGCCAGGCCUGCCCAGACCUUCUGUCCUCCACGUGACACCACCCAGCUGAGCAGAACACCAGAACAUGGCAGCAGUGGCCCGUGGGAAGAGAUGAGGCCUCAAAAAAUGAAUGCAUCUGGGAACCUAGCCUCCUUCUCCUCUUCGUAUUGGCCCAACUCCAAAUCCUCUGGGGCCGACCUGCUGGAAAAGAACCUUGCUGAGAUCCAGAACCUGCGCCAGCGCCUGGAGGAGUCCGUCUGCGUUAACGAUCGCCUGCGGGAGAGGCUGGAGCGUGUGCUCAGCAGCGCUGACCCCGGAAAAAGUACUGCUCAGUCAGCCCCAGAUGUCUCUCUCAAAGCCCCUCGUUCAUAUACUCAGAGUCACUCUUCUGACUUUUAUCAGGACAUUCUGUGACAGCUGGUGGGCCUAGAAGAAUGUUCUCCAGAACUUUCCCAGCCCUACCCAACAGCAUUCUUGGUUGCAAACUUGGAGGCAUCAGACAUUAUCUUUAAAUGAAUAGAUCAAAUUAAUAAAUUAUUAUUUAAAAUGA